AUGAAGAACUCGAUUUUGGUGGUGUUAUGUUGCAUUGUUGUGAGGACUACCUGUUUCGAUUAUUCUGAUAGUGAUGUGGAGAGCGGUUGUAUAGAAAAUUGCCCCAAACAGAACCGGACGGAUACGGACCAUUAUAGUUACGCCUGUGACCAUAACUGCUUUAUAGAACAGUGUGUAAAAGGAUGCAAAUUGUGGAGGAAAGCACUAACGUCAACUUGCAAGGAAGCAUGUCCAUUACAAAACGGUACGACCGAACGACUGAAACCCAAAUACCUCUAUUGCGUAAGAGGCUGUAAUUACGCCAUGGACAAGUACGUCUCCAAUCUCAAGCAACUCCUCGGUACACCACCUGUGCCCGCCCUGCUGGCUGACUCCCUGCGAUCCAACUCCCUGAAGUUAGAAUGGAACUUUCCUCCCGCCAAGAUGAUGGGUCUUAGCUGCCUGCUUCAAUGGAGGUACGAGGAGCUGUCUACUUCAAAAACGGCUUGGCAGUCUUGCAGGAACACCACAUGGAAUCCCGAAACUAAUGUUUUUUACGUAAACGAUUUGCAACCUUACACCAAAUAUAGGUUUCGCAUAGCCAUUAUCCUCGACUCGCAAAUCGGCCAGGACUAUGGAGAGCUCGUAGUUUCGAGCGAAAGCGUCGUCAUCAGUACGGCGGCGAACGGUCCACCUGCGUCGCCGCCCCAGAAUGAUAUUCCUCCCGACAAGUCAGACAUAGUAGUUGGAGAUUUGAAAGCGAUGAGCAAUUAUUCGGUGGAAUUACGAAUGAGAAAUAAGGACGGCUCCGGACCUCCUGCCACCACGACUGUUUCUACACCAGCCGAACGUCAAAUUACUAAUAUCCAACAACCUCAUUUAAUUUUGGCAACAAAUUCUACAAUCUUCGAAAUAAAUCAUAUAAUACUAGAAGUGGAGCCCAAAAUAUUGUACAACAGCAGCAAAAUUGAACUAAAAGGCAUUGGAUUCCACUACAAUAAAAAAUUUCUCUUCAUAACCGACAGUGAUGGUUUUGUUUCAAAAAUUCAUCUAUACCAAGACGCCAAUGUAUGUACACAUAUUCUUGAGCCACAAAAUUUGGAUUUCAAACCACUAGAUCUUACUGUGGAUUGGUUAAACGAUCAACUGUAUAUUUUAGGAGAAAUAAAAUUCAACACUGCCUAUAUUAUAAAAAGAUGCAACUUGGACGGUAGCAAUUUAGUUGUGGUUUACGCUGGUUUAAGCCAAAAACCUUCUUCCAUUCAAAUAGAUCCACUAAAUGGGUACCUGUUUUGGGUUAUUCAAGAUUAUAAUAAUGGCGGAUUUUUUCGACUUGACAUCAACGAUAUUAGCAAUGGUAUUCCGCCUGAUAGAAAAAUUAAGAAAAUACUAAAUGAAACCGAAUUAGGUGCCUUCACUUUUGAGUAUCACAAUUUUAAUGUUCUGGUGUCCUACCAGAGGCUUAAUACGAUAAUUUCAGUAACUUUAGAUGGUCAAGAUUACAAAAACAUUCGACCGUCAGUAUCGGCAGCGAAACUAACCAGAGUGGUGUCUUUAGCAAUGGAGAACAGAAUAUUCUAUUGGACAGACGGAAUUGACGUGUACUUUGAGGAGUACAAUCAGCCACGUUACUACCACAACACUAUGACCGAACAAAAAUAUGGCCAUUACAAAAAAGUCUUUAUCAACUCUCCGAGUUUCCAGCCUUGGCCUACACCCAUUAACCCUCCUACUAACGUCCAAGCUAUCUUCGGAAGGGAUAUUGCAAAGACUAGAUGGCAGCCUCCUCAUUUGGUUGGUGUACAAGGUAAGGGUGCUUGGCAGAAUUGGUCUUACGAAAUUUCAAUCAAAGAAGUCAACACCGACGUUACUGUACUCUACAAAGACAUAAACAACACUUUCUUCACAAUAACCAACUUAAAAGAAAACACCGAGUACAUUCUGAAAGUGGCUGCUUAUACCAAGUCUGGACGAGGACCAUGGUCUUCAGACUUCCGUGGAAUAACACUAAAUUCUACGAAAACCCCAAUGCUCCUCUGGUCAGCUUCAGAAGGACUUCUACGAUCUAACGCAGCUGGCGAAAAUCUGGAAAUACUAUUAGACAAAAGCCAAAUGGAAGAUCAUCAUUUUACUGAUAUCGCUUGGUUUAAGGACCAGAUCUUUAUGGUUACAAAUUCUUCUUUUGUGUAUCGGUAUAAUACGACUUCUAAAAAACAACAAAAAUUAAUGGAUUUGGAUUCUGUUGGUAGCAUUGCUGUUGACUGGAUUGGAAUGAAGUUGUACUGGUCUAAUCCUAAACAGCAAUUGAUACUUCGUGGAAAUUUAAAUGGAACAGAACAAGAACCUCUUUUGACGGUUCUAGCGAAAGAAUUAAACAUCGAUUCGGUUAAGGCUUACCUCUAUUGGUCGACGGGAAUAAAAGUAGAAUGCGCCCAUCUAAAUGGUGUUGAGAAAUUCGAAUACCAUGAUGUUCAAUAUUUUUCUGGAAAGCAAAUAAUGGGUUUAACGUUGGAUUUUGAACAAAAAUUCGUUUACUGGAUAGUACGAGGCUCGGAAGGUUCCAUAUUGUAUAAAGCUAGGAUGAUGGGCUACUGGGAAAACGAGGUACCAUCUGUGGAAGUAAUUUCCAGUCUGCAAAAACCGAAUAUUCAAGGAUCGUUGAGUUAUUUCCACAAGAGACUGUUGUGGUUACAAGACGAUAAAAAUGCAGCUAUCAGUGAUUUAUCUGGGAAAAAUAUCGCCACUAUUAACGGAAAGUAUAUGCAGGGAUUGAAUAUGGUUUAUGUAGCAGAUUCGUCAUUAUACAUGUUACCAGAUCCUUGGCUACAAAUUAACGUUAUACCAAGUAUGGUGGAAGAAAAUUCAGUAAGGGUAGAUGGUUCCUGCGAAUCCUUUAACAUUACUUGGAAUCCUGUGAUAAAUGUAAAUUAUGGUACUGUUUUUUAUGAGCUGCAAGUUGCCAACCCCUUAAAAUUCAAUGAUAUUACGAUAGUAACAACUACAGAACCUACUAUUAAAUAUUGGUUGGACGUUACCCCGUUUACUCCCAUAAACGUCUCCAUCAGGGCCUUUACAUACUGGGCUUCAUCCCCUUUGCUCCACACUCAAGUUAUUUCACCCUCGUCCACGCCGUCGGCUCCUUUGAAUCUGCGAACUUUCGUGGAAUACGAAGUUCAUUCGUCCUUCGAAAACAAUUAUGCAACAGUCACUGUCAGAUGGGAUGCUCCUUUGACUCCUAAUGGAGUGCUCCAAGGGUACAAGCUUAGGUGCUGGUACAUGGAGAACGAGAACGUACAAAUGGAUCUGUGCGACAACGUUAUCAAUAAAGAAAAUGAGACGGAAUAUAGACUACCGGUUCUUCAAAAUUCUGGAGAAUAUUUUUUCGAGGUGCAAGCGUUCACCAAAAUUGGUCUAGGAGUGAAGUCUUCCCCGACUUCGGUCAAUACAGCAAUAGAGCAUCCAAUUCCAACACUUUUAAUAGCAUUCCAAGAAUCAAUCUAUGUAUAUGACAUAGAUAUUAACCAAACCACGCCUUUGGUAGUUGGUAUUACCGAUCCCAAGCAAAUAACCUACCUUUUAAAAGAAAAGAAAAUAAUAUGGAUCGAUAAAAAAGGUGAAAUAUUCUUACUAAAUUUAUUCGACAACGCUCAAAGUAAAAUCUUCGAUAUCAAUGGUCAAGCUGACAGCAUAGCAAUUGACUGGUUAGGAAGGUGUUUGUAUUACACUCAAAAAUUAAAAGACCAAAGUAAAUCGGCCGUUUUCAAGCUGGAUCUUAGUUUGGACAAACUAGAAAGCAAGAAGGUUUUAGAAAGUACCGAAGGACCAAUUACAAAACUCGAAGUGUCUCCUUUCACGAGAAGUUUGUAUUGGAUAGAAACUUCGUCCACUCUCAAACAUACACUUAUGCAAAGCGAUAUUAGCGGCGAAGACAAGAGGCAAUUUUUCUCAGAUCACAAGAACGGAAAUAAACUUUACAACUGUCCGUACAGACCGGAAAUAGGCCCAUUUUUCGCUAUCGAUCACUCCGACGUCGGUGUUAGACCGAAGAUUAUUUUCUGGGAUAUAUACAGUCAAAGUAUUAUGUGGGCUGAUAAAUAUUCCGAAUCUUGUGGACUGCUGGCCGAUUCUAAUGAAGUGCGGAAUGACUUUCCGUUAGAGCAUUUAGAAGCGGAUUUUUCUGCUCUGUAUUGGACGCAUAAUGGAAUACUACAUGAUUUGAGCAGAAAUGAUAAACUAAUUUCAAAAGAGAUUACAGACAUGAAAAUUUACGGUCAACACGUCCAACCAUAUCCACCACAGAGAUGUCUAAGUCCGAAACAGCACAACAAUUACACAGUCACCCUAGCAACAAAAUCGUUCAAUUUUUUGAAGAUUCGACUGCCUGAACCGCUGAUUCACAAAGAAUGUCUAAACAUUUCGAUUGCUAGUGUAAAAUACAUGGUUUAUUACGCUAAGUAUGUCGAUGGAUCUGACUGCGAUCAAAGUACUAACUGCACAGUGCUGGUUACUACCAACAAAACCUAUGUUCUGGCCGAUUUGAAGCCUUAUACCAAGUACCUGAUGCGUGUAGCUGUUAGUAACGAUUACACCAUGAAAAAUGAAAUUAUCAUUGGACCGCCUAGCGUGUUUCAGACAGCUGCAGGAGUACCAACAAAAUCUAGAAACGUAUCUGCCACGGUACUCAGUCCAAACCUGGCGUUGGUAUCUUGGUUACCGCCGGAGGAACUAAACGGCAUUAAUGUGUAUUAUCAAAUCCACUACCAAACGGAAAGCAGUACAUUAGGAAUUCGACAAAAAGGGGAGCUUAACGUCAACAAUUCAAACGUGUUCAACGCUUCUUUGACGACACUAUCCCCCAAUGAAACAUAUACGAUUUGGGUGAGAAGUUACUGCGAAACCAACAAGAUGUUCUCAGAAAGCGAUCGGGUCCAAAUAACCACUUACCCGGAGCCUAGUUCCUUGAUUUUGGACAACAAAACUGCAUACGACAUGCAUCUUUCGUGGGCACCCACACAACACAUCAAACGGUACAAAAUCGAAUGUUCUUUGUUGACCAACAGCGAAUGGAGGGAAGUCGAUAAGUCCAAAAAGAAAAACGGCAGCUUGUUAAUUGGGAUUUUCGAUCUCAAACCGAAGACUCACUACAAAUUUAGAUUAAGGUUGUGGUAUGAUGGUAAUAAUGACGAAUACGUUUGGCCAAAGGACUCGAGGUUUACAUUUGAAACGCUAGGCGACAGGCCUAGUCCCCCUGGCAUACCAAUCAUCCAAUACGUAAAACCGAACAUAUACAAGGUACUAUGGGAAGCAUCUAAAGAUAAUGGAGCUUCAAUCGAAAUGUACAAACUAGAGGGUAAAAUAUUACGUGUCUACAGAAACAAACGAAGCACUAACAGAACCGCUCCGUACUUCAAUACGGCUCCUUCGAUUGAAUUGGAUGAUGUAGAACAAUGGACCACUUAUUAUAACGGAACAAAUACCUCGUGGAUAAUAAAUGGACUCAAUGAAAAAAACAAAUACGCUUUUAGAGUAUCAGCUUUAAAUUCGUAUGGUUGGAGUAAUGUCAGCGAAGAAAGCAACGAAUUUGACUUGACAAGGAUGGCUGAUAAGCAAAGUCCCAUGAAAUUAAUUCUCAUCGCCACUUUAGUUCCCGUUUCUAUAUGCCUCUUUUUCAUGACGAUAUUCAUAUACUUGACGUGUUCUGGAAUAAAGAGCAAACAGAAGAAGUUACAACAAGGUAUACCUACAGCUCCUAAUGUUCGAGAUGUCGAGCUGGCCACGUUAAGGGAAAUGCCCAAAAGGGGCGUCCACAGUACCAACUUGCUCUAUUUUCCUGAACAGCCCACUGCGGAAGAAUUGGGACUUCUAGCUCACAUAAGAAGAGAACAAAUAACGUUAACAAAAUUCCUGGGAAGCGGUGCGUUUGGAGAAGUCUUCGAAGGAAAAGCCAAAGGUAUUAAUAAUGCAACAGCGGAAACCAGAGUAGCUGUCAAGACAUUAAAAAAAGGGGCGACGGAUCAGAUAACGUGCGAAUUUCUUCAAGAAGCCAAAUUGAUGAGCCACUUCAAACACGAGCAUAUCCUUCAACUUCUCGGUGUAUGCUUAGACAAUGAUCCGCACUUCAUUAUCAUGGAGCUGAUGGAAGGAGGAGAUUUACUUAAUUAUUUAAGAGAUUCUCGAAAUCCAUCGACUUCUGUACAGUUGCUGACCUUAAUCGAGCUACUCAAAAUGUGCGUAGACGUUUCGAAAGGCUGUAGAUAUUUAGAAGAAAUGCAUUUUGUACACAGAGAUUUGGCAUGUCGAAAUUGCUUAGUCUCAUCUUACGAACCCGAUUCAAGAAUCGUUAAAAUCGGCGAUUUUGGACUCGCAAGAGAUGUAUACAAAAACGACUAUUACAGAAAGGAAGGGGAAGCACUUCUUCCGGUCAGAUGGAUGGCUCCGGAAUCGCUAACAGAUGGCGUAUUUACUAGCCAAUCUGACGUAUGGGCAUUUGGAGUUCUAUUAUGGGAGAUAAUGACGCUGGGCCAACAACCGUAUCCGGCGCGUGCAAAUCUUGAGGUUUUACAUUAUGUGCGAAGAGGUGGAAGAUUAGGAAAACCAAUAGACUGCCCUGAAGAAUUGCACAAUUUAAUGUUGAAAUGCUGGGAGUUUGAUCCGGAAAAGAGGCCGACUUUUAAGUACUGCUUCGAAGUACUAGAGGCGCUACAUAGGCGGACAUUACGUAAUCCUACGACGGGCGCCCAUGAGGGUCAAUAUAUCAGUACUGUACCUGACCGAAACUCGUGGAAGAGUGACGGCGAGGAAGAGUCCGCCAAAGAAAUUACGCCGUUCUUGGAUAAAGAAGAAAAUGCCACGGCGAAAGAGAUACCCAAAUAUCUAGAAGUUAUUUUAGGACCUGAACAUAUUCUAGAAAAUGACGGUUAUGAAAUACCUAACCAGAUGAUGCAGAAAGCUAACGAGAAUGUAUCCAGUGCCAGCGAAGAGAAGAGUCAAAAAGACGAAGUUUUAUCUACUUAA